GCCAAGUAUCAUCAUGUCACGUAGAGAAAUGCGACCACCCUCACCACCAUCUCACAGGAAAUCAGAUAGAGAUAGAGAUAGAGAAAUCACUCGUGAUCGACAUUCCUCAAAUCGAGAAGAUUACAGUCAUCGAUACCGUUCACCUGAUCGAGAUGAAGACGAUCGACGUGAUUCUCGUAAACGUGGUAGAGGUCGCGAAAGAGAUUAUUCUUCUGAAGAUUCAGAUCGUUCACAUUCAGGAGAUAGGAAGAAACAUUCUCGAGAAAAGAAAUCACAUCCAGGCUCAACAUCCAAGAAGCGUGAAACUUCAAGUGAGCGACGUGUACGGAAAAAAGAAGAAAAAGCCUCUCGAAAACUCGAACGUAGAUCUGAACGACGUAGUCUAAGGGAAGAAGAAGAUCGUCGAGCAGCUGCUGAACUUUCAGUUUACUCCGCAACUGAUAAUCCUUUUCAUGAUGCAAAUUUAUCAUCUCAAUUCGAAUGGGGAAAGAAACGAGAGCGUGAACGUAAACUUGGUCUUAGUGCUGAAGAGGCCGCCCGACGGGAUGCGAUGAGACGAGCAGAAGCUAAGGAGGAACUAGAAAGACUUAACAUUCGUCGUGCUGAACGUGAAAAGGAGCUAGAGCUGAGGGAAAUGGAGAGUAAUAGGAUGGCCCAAAUGGCCGAGAGUGCUCAAAUGGCCGAAUGGAUCGCUAAAGAAGACGAUUUUCAACUUGAACAAGCUCAAAAACGAGCAGAGAUUAGGGUACGAGAGAAACGAGCUAAACCAAUCGACCUACUUGCUCUAAAUCUUAAAUGGGGUCAUCGAGAACUUACACCGGAAGAUGAAGAUGAGAAUGACGAAAUAGUGAAACAGAGAAAGUUGGAAAAAGAGAAGAAGAAGUCACUCACCGAGAUAAUGAAUGAAGACGGUGAAGACGAAGACGAUGGCGCUGGUCUUGAGGUAGAUCUUGAUGAACCUUAUACGAUUUUCGAUAACUUAUCACUUGAAGAGACACAAGAGCUAGCAGAGGACAUCAAGAUGCACAUCGCACUAGAAAAGUCUGCAUCAAAACUCGAAUUUUGGAACUGUUUACUAUGUGUUUGUGAUGAUGCUUUAGAACAAUUAAAUAAUGAGCGUAACUCUGCAGUCGAUGCUUUGCGCUCUGGUGCAGCUAUUCGAUCUGAAGUCACCGCUCUACUACAGGGAAAAACUUAUGAAAAACUGAUAGCUUUGGAAUCAAGUAUCAAGACUAAAUUGGCAGGGAACGAUCCAGUAGAUCCAGAAUAUUGGCAAAGUUUGUUGGUUCAACUAAAGGUCUGGAAGGCAAAGGCAAAAUUGAAGGCUAUGCAUGAAGUCGUCUUACGCAAUCGACUGGAACACUUGCGUCGUCGCCAACGUGAUGAGGCUGUCAAGGUUCAAGCCGAACUUGCUUCUUCCCUUGUCCCACCUACCCGUGUUACGCAUACAAGUACAUCUCAACUGGAGGCUAACGAUCCUUUGGACGAAGAAAUCGUUGAUCUCAGUAAAGAAGAGCCCGAAGAUUACGAACCAGAGAUGGAACCUCAACCCCUUACUCAACUUGACAUCGAUGACCAUAAACUUGAUCUUGUGCUUCCUAUGGAUGAAUGGCUUCAAGUAAUUCACGCUCGACAGGCUGUACUCAAUACUCGCUUUGUUCCUAAAAAUAAAGAUGGAUCAGCCGAUAAAGGAGGAGAAGUCCUGGAUCGAGAUGCUCUGGCCGAGAAGCUGUAUGCACAAGAAGCUGAAAAAGGUCUGGGAGAAGAGGAAGAGAUGUUUGAGUUGGAAGCAGAGAUGGGUAGGCAAAGUUACAAUUGGGAAGACAAAUAUCGACCACGUAAACCGCGUUAUUUCAACAAGGUUCAUACCGGUUACGAGUGGAACAAAUACAACCAAACUCAUUAUGACACUGACAAUCCGCCACCCAAGGUAGUCCAAGGUUAUAAAUUCAAUAUCUUUUAUCCUGACUUGAUUGAUAAAAGCCGAGCGCCGACCUAUAAGAUCAUCAAGAACAAAGAGAAUGAAGACGUUGCAACGCUCUUGUUCAAGGCUGGACCACCCUACGAAGAUAUUGCAUUUACGAUUGUCAACAAAGACUGGGAACACAGUCACAAGAGAGGUUUUCGGAGCUCUUUCGAUCGCGGGGUUCUUCAGCUUCAUUUCACCUUGAAGCGAAUCCAUUACCGCAAAUGAAACCCUGGAUCAGGUCAUGCACAUUCUAGUAGUGCAAUUGCUGGAUUUUUUCGAUUGAUUCAGUUAUCAUCAAUGAUAUUGGGCGAAGUCGAGGAAGACGACUAAGAAAGUAUGAGAUUUCAGCCUCUUCUGGGGUAUGGACCCCAAGAAUCUGGCGAGAGAUGAUAUUAGCUAGUUAGAUGGCAAAUGUAUGUAUUGCAAGUUAGAAGUCUUAUUUUGUUUGUGUUUGUGUCGAGGUCGGGAAUGACAACCUCAAAGCUUUGAAUGUAAGAUGCCUUCUUCCACU